AUGGCUUAUGAAUAUAAAUGCUCGAGUGGACAAUGCGUGGAAGCUGAUUACUGGUGCAAUGGAACAAAGGAGUGCGGUGAUGGUUCGGACGAAAGAAACUGCCCUUGUAAAAGGGACGAAAUCGAAUGUGGGGAUGGUACUUGUAUUAAUAUCGCUUUGCGAUGCAACGGUCGAAAAGAUUGCCUACCACAUGGGGAGGAUGAGUUCAACUGCGGUGCUCCACGGUGCCCACCCGACAGCUUCGCUUGUGAUCCUGACUCAACCAUUCCAUGCGCAAGACGUUGUGAUGGUAGACAGGAAUGUGACCGGGGUGAAGAUGAGAGAAAUUGCGAUGAAUGCAGCCACGAGUGCGACGGCAGAUGCCUUGAAGACCAACGUAUUUGCGACGGCACCGCCGAUUGCAGCGAUGGAUCAGACGAACUCACAUGCGGAUCUUGCGAUGGCCCUAACGACUUCAGAUGUUCAAACGGCGAGUGUAUUAACAUCGCACACCGCUGCAAUGGAUUGAGUGACUGUUCGGACUCGAGUGAUGAGAUGCAUUGCAAUGAUACUAUGCCACCCAAAGCGGAGUGUACUGAUUAUCAAUUCCAAUGUCGAGAUGGAAGCUGCAUUGAUAUCCAGUUUGCUUGUGACGGACAAUUUGAUUGCCUUGAUAAUUCAGACGAAGACAAUUGCCGCUGCAAGGAGAACGAAUGGCAAUGCACAACAGGACAGUGUAUUCCGAGUCAAGCGUACUGCGAUGGGCGGCAAGAUUGCUCCGAUCUAUCUGACGAAAGAGACUGCAUCACUACCACAUGGUCUCCACCUAUACAACCACUAUCCACUACCCGCAGCCCUAAUCCUCCCUACACUUACGCCCCACCGACUCAAUACCCGAUCGAGAGGACAAGGAAGACCCGAAGGACAAGGAGGACCCGGAGGACCCGGAGGACAAGGAACCCGAGACAAGGAGAUCCGGAGAACAAGGAAGACCCGGAGGACAAGGAAGACCCAGAGGACAAGGAGGACCCGGAGGUCAAGGAGGCCCCGGAGGACAAGGAAGACCAGGAGGACAAGGAGGACCCGGAGGACAAGGAGGACCCGGAGGACAAGGGGGGACCUGGAGGACAAGGUGGACCCGGAGGACAAGGAAGACCUGGAGGACAAGGAUCAGGAAGAGAUUACACUGCACUGGACCUGAAGACUUACCCGGAAGCACAAACAAUUAGAAAUGGCGGAGACGUUGUCUUCCAAUGUCGUGACGAGGGUCGUAUCCGAGCGCCUGUUCGUUGGGUCAAGGAAGGCGGUAGGCCUCUUAAACCGGGUUCUUUGGACCGCAACGGCCGUCUCGAAAUGAAUCAAGUAUCCGUAUCUGACAGCGGCGUCUACAUUUGCCAAGCUCCCAGAUAUUUGGGCUAUCCCGGCUCCGAAGUGAGGGUUACGCUGGUAGUUGAAAAUAAGCCUCAAAUCUCGAACGUACCAUUCCACGCGUGCAGACCAUCUGAGGCAACUUGCGGCAACGGUCAAUGUAUACCUAAAUCGGCGGUUUGCGAUGGCAAAAUAGACUGCAGUGACAGAUCCGAUGAGGACUCUUGCAACCAAAACGGGCAAUGCGAACCGAACGAGUACCAGUGCUCAAAUGGUAAAUGCGUGCUCAAGUACUGGGUGUGCGAUUCCGAAAACGACUGCGGCGACAACUCGGACGAACGCGACUGCGACCGCACCGAGUACGGACAACUCUGUUCGCCGGUCGAGUUCUCCUGCGCUUCGAACAAGCAAUGCAUACCUAAAUCCUACCACUGCGACGGCCACUUCGAUUGCCAGGAUAACUCCGAUGAAAUCGGCUGCGCUCCCGUCCACGUAACUCGUCCACCUGCACCAUCGAACGUGAGGCUGAACCCCGGCGAAAGUCUAGUCUUAGUCUGCGAAGCUGUUGGAGUGCCGAUGCCGCUGAUAUCUUGGCGUCUCAAUUGGGGUCAUGUACCACCCAAGUGUACUUCCACUAGCAUCAAUGGAGUCGGUACACUUACGUGCAACGAUAUGCAACCGGAAGACAGUGGUGCAUACUCCUGCGAGGCUAUCAACAGAAGUGGUACCACCUUCGCCGCACCGGACUCGAUCGUCUAUGUCAAUAAGACGGAUGUCUGCCCAACCGGAUACUUUAAUAGCGAGGCCCGUUCGCAAAAUGAAUGCAUCCGCUGCUUCUGCUUCGGGGAAUCGAACGUGUGCCGCAGCGCCGAUCUGUUCACGUACAACAUGCCGACACCACUUGGACAAGGCGGCACCAGGCUGCUGGGCGUCAAACAGACCUACAGCGGCGAAAUACAGAUUGACACUCAGCCCAUCACUGAACAAUAUUACUACCAAGCUAUGAGGAACGGAGCCACGGUCACCAAACUAGAUUUGGGUUCAUCCUGGCUAAGAAACACCGACGCACAGCCAUUCCUGACUCUCCCAGAGACAUACAAUGGCAACCAGCUCACUUCCUACGGCAGCCACAUCAGAUACAACCUCUCCCCGCACUCUACAAGAUUUAGUUCUGAUGACACACCUGAUAUUAUAAUAAAGGGCAAGUACCAGAGCCUUAAUUACAAAUACCGCGGAGAAAUCUCACGAGACGCUUAUAUUGAAGCCCGCCUUACACCUGGCAACUGGCUGAAACCUACUUCCAGAGGGCCCGAACCUGCUUCCAGGGAAGACAUUAUGAUGGCUUUGGACAACAUUGAAAUGAUUCUCAUACGCGCGGGCAUAAACAACGCUGGUGUUAACAUCACGGACUUUGCGAUGGAAUCCGCUCAGCACAUCAACGUUGGUCUUGGAACCGCCAGUCUUGUUGAAGAAUGUACUUGUCCACCUGGAUAUGAAGGAUUGUCUUGCCAGAAAUGUGCAGCAGAUCACGUACGUGUAAAAAACGGACCAUGGCUGGGCGAUUGUGUGCCAAAGCAGACAUGUCCAGAAGGAACUUAUGGAGACCCUAACAGCGGCUACGACUGCAAACCGUGCCCAUGUCCACUUACUAAUCGCGGCAAUCAGUUUGCUAGAACUUGUUCCGUUGGAGCCAGUGGAGAAGUCAUCUGUGAUUGUUUCCCUGGAUAUGAAGGUCCAGACUGCCGCUAUUGCUCUGAGAACUAUGUUGGUAAUCCAUUAAUACCAGGAGAUUCUUGCAAACCCAAACCCUCAGACAACUGUAACCCUCUUGGAACAAGUAGUGUCCGUCUUCCUGAUGAAUGUGUAUGCAAGGAUAAUGUCCAGGGCCGAUACUGUGACGAGUGCAAGAAUGGAUCCUUCUAUCUUUCUGAGGACUUCAGGCAUGGCUGCGCCCUGUGCUUCUGUUCUGGAGUAUCACAACAAUGCAGCAGCAGUACAAAUCUCCGCAGAACAACCACAACAGUCAGUUUUAACGUCCCCAACAUAGUCAACCAAGUCAAAGUGUACUCUAGUGCACCAUCUAACGAAGGAGGUGCUAUAAGAUACAUGGCGCCCACCGAAACAGAGCUACAGCCACAGUUGGUCAGGGGUGAAGUCCGUCUAUCCAGUUUCGAUAGAUCUCGACCUUCAAUUUACUACUGGAGUUUGCCUCCCAGUUUUGCUGGUGAUAAAGUGACAGCGUAUGGCGGUUACUUGAGUUACAGCCUUAACAAUGUACCACCUUAUGGUCCCAGGAACAACGCGGCUGAUGUCCAACUUAUAAGUGAUGUUACAUUCCAUUACUUCGGUAACUUUGAACCUAGCAGCGACGGUUCAUUAAACGCCAGAGUGCAAUUGUUAGAAAAGGGAUGGCAGAGACCCGACGGUAAAGAAGUAUCCCGUGAGCACUUCCUCCUGGCUUUAGCUCAUUUGAAAACGAUCUUAGUUAAGGCAUCAUACACUUCCAACGACUUGGCUUCGAUUGCUACCGUCAGCAUUGAGACCGCGGAACCAAAUGGCAAUGGUCCUAUGGCUCUCCACGUGGAACAGUGCGCUUGUCCCACCGGCUACAUUGGAACAUCCUGCGAGAACUGUGCUGCUGGCUACACAAGGAGUAUGAGAGGCCUCUACUUGAAGCAUUGUGACAUUUGUGAAUGUAACGGACACUCCAACAUGUGCCACCCUGAAACUGGAGAGUGCUACGAUUGUGCCGACAACACCGCCGGUGUCAACUGUGAAUAUUGCAAAGAUGGAUACGUCAAGGACGCUUAUGGAAACUGUGUAUACGAGGCCACCACAUCUAUCUUCUGCGACUGCGAUCCUCGCGGAGAAGAAGCACCUUGCGAUAGUUCAGGCUACUGUCGGUGCAAACAGAACGUUGAAGGAACCGCCUGCGACCAAUGCCGUCCUGGUACCUUCGGACUGGACGCCAGUAACUCUCUCGGUUGCCUCUCUUGCUAUUGCUCUGGAGCAACCACCGAUUGUCAUGAAGCAACGCACUAUUCGAGAAUAUCGAUGGCGGCACCGAUCUUCGGAGAAAACAACGGCGGCUACAGUCUUAUGGACUUGUAUGCGUCCGAAGUAAUCAACGACCAGUUCGUACCCGUACCGCACGAGAGCGAACUAAUGUAUGUGUUUUCGUCCAGGCCGGAUAAGGAACUCUACUGGUCCCUGCCCGGUUUUCCAGGUAACCGAGUUCUAUCAUAUGGAGGCACUUUGGCGCUGACACAGAAGUAUGAAACUGGAGGUAUACCGGAUCAAGCCACUGCUAUGAUCAUUCUGGUCGGCGAUGGCAAAUCCGUCUACUGGAGAAGUCCCACACCAAUACCGUCUGGUGAAGCUAUGAGUUUCCAAGUACCUCUUCGGGAAAGUGGAUGGUACCUUCUAAACUCAGCGGUACCGGCCAGCCGUGAAGACUUCAUGUUCGUUCUGAAGGAUCUCAAGAGGGUCUUGGUGAAGGCAACUCUAUCGCCUAACAUCACAUCUUCGGCUAUUGCCGAUGUAUCUAUGGACACCGCUACCGAGAUGUACGACAAUGGAGGGCAAGCAGCUAAGGGAGUUGAGAUUUGCAUGUGUCCCGAAGGCUACACGGGAACCAGUUGUGAGGCCUGCAUACCGGGAUACUACAAAGACGAGACGGACUAUUGCAAAAAAUGCAACUGUAACGGUCACGAUUGUCAACUGGGUGUGUACAACGAGGUUGUGUGCAACUGUCGCCCACCGUACACCGGACCUGACUGUGCCACUGUUGCCGGAGAACCGUCCGUAAAUGAAACAACUCUACCGCCGCCAGCGCAAUCGACGGUCUCUGUAAGGAUUGCCAGCCCGACGAUAAAGAUCCAAGAAGUUGGCAGCACUGUUAACUUCACAUGUGAAGCACAAAGCCGGUACACUCAAAACGCACUCCCAGUCAACUGGACCAAGGUUGAUGGAUACCUGCCUUUGGAGAGGACAUACAUCAACUACAGAACUGGAGAAUUGCUCAUAACGAAUCUACAGAUCUCUGAUAGUGGACAAUAUAUUUGUCAGACAAGCGAUGGAAUUUCCACGGGACAAGCUAUUGCGACCCUUAAAGUGCCCGGCAAUGAGAUGACGCUUCCAACGGUGACGAUUAGGCCAACAAUCAACGAAUAUUACGAAGGAGAUAGAAUUGAGCUGGAGUGCCAGGCGACUGGCAACCCGGCGCCGAGGAUCACUUGGCAGAGAGCGUCCAACAGACCCUUACCGAGAGCCUCCCGAUAUGAUACAUAUUUCGUCAUUGACAGCGCAAUUGUGGAAGAUUCUGGAGAAUACAGAUGUAUUGCUUCCAACGCCGUUGGCUCUACCGACCGAUCAGCGAUUGUGACCGUACGUCCAAGACCUUCGCGGCCUCAACGGGAACGUCUCACGGUAUCAACUCCCUCUGUCAACGUGACGGAGGGACAAAGCACUCGUGUUGUGUGCACGGGAACCACUAAUGUGCCAGCCGGUUCCAUCGAAUGGAUCAGACAAGAUGGUGCCCGUCUUCUAAAUAAUGUGCGGUCGGACAAUGGCGUUUUGUACAUCGACUACGCAAACCCAGACAACCAGGGCGAAGCCUCCAAUAUCACGGUUUCUGUGAAUCAAGUUAAGAUACCGACGGGCGGCAGCGGAUCCGUGGAUUGCAGUCCUCUUGGAAACCCAUUGCCUUUGAUUAGAUGGACGAAGUACCAAGGAGAGUUUGGACCUGGUGUAAGCCAACGCGACCACACCCUGAUUAUAUCCAACGCGCAAGAAAGCGACCAGGGCUAUUACCUGUGCGAAGGAUCCGUCGAUGGAACCCCUGUUGCCAACAUUUACGUUUACGUCGAAAUUGAAAAGCGUGAAAAACCGCACGUGGAGAUCUGGCCGCAGGGCGAACAAGCGGUGGCUUUGGGCGGACGUUACGAACUGAUGUGUCGCGUGUUGGCCGGUGCUCCAGAGCCGGUGGUGAUGUGGUCAAGGGGAGGGUCACGCCCACUCUCCGCCCACGCACAGUUACUACCGCAGCACGUGCUCAGUUUCGAGAAAAUCGAGGUGAACGACGAGGGCGAAUACAUUUGUUCAGCGUCCAACGAUGCAGGAUCGUCCAGUUCGAGCGCGGUGCUUAAAGUCCGAUCACCACCGGAGAUCAUCAUCACUCCAAGCAACUACGUGCAAGUGGUCCACGGUGAUCCUGUAAAAGUCGAGUGUCGUGCCCGCGGAUACCCAGAGCCGACGGUUUCCAUCAAAAGGGGUCCAGAACUUCGGGAAGUGACAGCGCCAACCCCAGGAAUCUCUGUUCUCCGAAUCAAUUCAGCGUCAGAACGCGACGACGGCGAGUACGUUUGUACAGCGACAUCUGCCGCCGGCACCAUAGACGAACAGUUUGUAGUGCGUGUAGAAAGAGGCGACGGCGGAUUUGGUGACAAUGAGGGCAGCGGCGAAGACGAGAUAAACAUAGACCAUGGGUAUGAUUAUGACAACAGACCCACAAACAGUAUCGCGAUUGAAGGCAGGGACGCCAGGAUUAGUUGUAAUGCAUCCGCCGAGUUCGAAGUGAGAUGGCGCAAGGCUAACAGGAGACCAAUGGGUUACAACGUAGACGACAGAGGCUCUGAGCUUAUUAUCAGAAAUGCAUCGAAAGCGGACUCUGGCGUAUACGAGUGUCUUCUAUUGAACCGGUAUAACGGUGAAGUCCAGCACGCAACGGCAAUCAACCUACAAGUGAUGGCGGCUCCCACUAUAACCCUGAGACCUCUUACUCAAACCGUACAACCUGGUCAAUCGCCAACCGUCGAGUGCGUGGUCAGCGGUGACGAUAUACAGGACAUCGUUUGGAAACCUGUCAACAGACAACCGUCCAGUCGCGUUGAAAUCCGAGGUUCGACUCUGAUCUUCCACCAAAUAGAAGUAGAGGAUGCCGGCCAAUACGAGUGUUUCGCACGCAACAUGUUCGCGAACGCGUCCGCUGUUGCCGAGGUCAUAGUCAGCGAAGAGAGUGAUGGGGCCAUGUUGGAGUCGCACGAUAACGAGCAGACGGCGCACGUUGGCGCCGCCGUGCAUCUCAGCUGCAACGUCACCCAACCAAACCUUCGCAUCCGAUGGACCAAAGACGGAAUGACGCUGCCAAGAUCGACCACACAGAAAAACGACGGAUCCCUGUUCAUCCGUCUGGCCCAAAAAUCGGACAGCGGACGAUACAUAUGCAUCAUAAACGAUCAAUACGGCAGGCAGACUAGCAAUUACAUCAAUCUACACAUCGAGGGACCACGGGAAGAAGCACCAGCACUAGUCGCUAUUGAACAGCCCAGAAGGCAAUACAGAGUUGGGGAGAAUGUGGAGGUUAUGUGUAAGAGCGGAUCCAGGGACACCAGGGUGACCUGGGAACGAUAUGGCACCAAUCAAUAUGUAGAAUCAAGGACGUAUGGUGACGGCGCACUGCUGGUGUUGCAAGGUGUCGAGGAAUCAGACGCUGGAUUGUACAGGUGUACUGGACGCGAUCCUUACGGAAGAACAUUCUACGACGACUUCAACCUAGUUGUGGCACCUGGCUCGAACAACAUGGCUUACCCCAUCGAUAACCGUCCCCAAGCUUACACUGCCCGCCUGCACGACUCCGUGAGUCUCCCUUGCAACCACAACCUGGAGCAGCCAGUCUCUAUUGAAUGGAGCAAGGAAUACUCCCAGCUGCCUCCCGAUGUUAGGCCCAACGACCCGGUACUGAAUCUGGACAGCGUAACUGAAUCAGACGCUGGAACGUACAUCUGCAGGAUAAGCAACAGCCGCGCUGCGAUAGAAACGCGCGCCAUCUUGCGGGUUACCGGCGUAGUUCCCAAGUUCAACGGCGACGGCUGGAUCUCGUUGCCAACACUCAAGGACGCCUACAUGCAGUUCGAUAUCGAGAUAUCGUUCAAACCUAACGAUCCCAACGGCUUGAUUCUGUACAACGGUCAAAACGACGAUCGCACAGGAGACUACUUGGCGCUUCAGCUCAUAGAUGGCGUUCCAACAUUCUCGUUUGACACCGGAAGCGGCCCACUUUCAGUAUCGGGCGACCGUCCCUUACAACUUAACGCUUGGCAUACUAUCAGACUCAGCAGGACCAACUCUAAAGUAACAAUGGACGUUGACAACAAGGGUCCGUUCAUGACCGAGUCGUCUAUGCAAUGGGAUGUCCUCGAUCUGAAACAACCCUUGUACAUUGGAGGUGUUCCCGACUUGAACCGACUUCCUAGCUCGCUGGCCGGCGCUUCUGGCUUCAUCGGUUGCGUGAGCAUGCUGAUCCUCGGCAGAGAAGAAAAGAACAUAAUGGUUGACAGCAUCGACAGAUACGGCAUAAUUGAGUGCGACUCGUGCACUCCCAACUUAUGUCUACACGACGGAGUUUGCCAGGAGGCUCGUAACGAGAGAGGAUACCUGUGCCUAUGUGCCGCCGGUUACGCCGGACUCAACUGCGACAGAACCGGAGAGGCUUGCCGUCCGGGAAUCUGCGGGCCCGGGAAAUGUACGGAUACGGUUGACGGAUACAAGUGCGCUUGUCCGGUCACUUACACUGGCAGAAAUUGCGAACAGAAACAAACGAUUGAGUACCCAGCGUUCACUGGCAGUGCCUACCUGGCAAUCAAACUGCCAAGGACAUCUCGACGGUAUUUCCGCAUGUCCAUGAAGGUUAAAGCGACUUCUCCAGUCACCGAUGGCAUCAUAAUGUACUGCAAGGCCCGAGGUGGAGGCUUCACGGCCCUGACCGUCCAUAACGGCAAACUGGAAUUCCGCUUUGAUCUUGGCGAUGGAAACCCAGUGGUGCUGACCAGCAACAAGACCCUGCCCGCAAACGAAUGGACGGACAUACAUAUCGCACGCGUGGGCGCCGAUGUUUCUAUGAAGAUAAACAUGAUCGACAGCUACGAGCAGAAACUUACGUCGUAUAAGACGGAGGUGAUCCUCGAUACACCGAUGUUCGUUGGAGGCGUGGAUGAGUCCGUGAUCCUGGACAAUAGUACCGGAGUCACGGGUGGAUUUAGCGGAUGCAUCAAAGAAGUACGUCUCCACGGAGAUCAAGUUGACAUCGUGAACUCUUCUAUCCAGUCUGCAAACGUUCAAGAAUGCGCCAAUUACGACCGCGGCGACAUCCCUGAGAUCGACAGCGUUUGCAGUCUUUGCCGCAACGGAGGCAGAUGUACCUCCCUUGACGCGACCGCUUGCACUUGUCCCUCCGGUUUCACUGGAACAUAUUGCGAGACCCGCACUUCGUACAGGCAGCCCUCUAGUGACCCUUGUGCGGCCCAGCCUUGCCGCAAUGGUGGAACCUGCAAGUUCGACAGAAACUCCAGAAUGAACUACUCGUGUGACUGUCCCUUAGGAUACGCUGGCACAAAUUGUCAGAUGCCCCUGGAGUUGCUGCAGAGCGUCGGAUUUAACGGGAACGGAUAUCUGGAGCUGCCUUCUAGUCUCCUGCGCUACGAUCAACUGGACGUGGACCCGGCGGUGAUAGCCCUCGCCGUACACACCUCCUACGAUGGCGUGCUGCUGUACCAACAUGAAGUUCAAGCGCCACCAUACUCCGGAGAUUACAUCUUGCUCAAAAUUGAGAACGGCAUUGUCGUGAUGGACUGGGAUCUUGGCAGUGGACUGUCUAGUCUUCGCAUUGAGGCCGUUCAUGUUAACGACGGAGAGCGUCACGAGAUCAUCGCUAAGCUGCUGAGCGACAAUCAAGUGUACCUGUCGGUGGACGGCGAAACAAAGAUCGGAACAUCAACUGGUUUCUCGAACCUUAUGAAUGCCGAUUCGAACAUUUACAUCGGUGGCAUACCGGAACGCAUCAACUACCAGAAUUACCCUGGUCUAAAUGGCUGCUUUGAGCAAGUGGAGUUUAUGGAUGCCAACCGUGGACUCAACCUCGGCAAAAUUGCCGUCGCUGGCAGAAACACUCAGCGCUGCAGGGAGUGA